AUGUCUGGAUUAAAUCCUUUCCGCCCUAAAAAGCCAGAGCGUGAGGUUCAUCCGCCCCUUCCGAAUGCUGGGCAUGACGGUGUCUGGCCCCCGAGAGGUGUGCCUCGUCUAUUAUUGCUCUUUGUGUAUAAAGUCAACGCUGACGGACUUUUAUUAGCAGUGCCUCCUAAUCGAUCACCAUCCUCCGUUUCGACAAACUCAUCCUACCCUGCUGCUCGGUUGACUGCCGGAUCUCUGACGAAUUCGUCCGCUACUCCUCAUGGCCAUUCCGUGACCCCUCCCGAAUCCUCGACGUCAGAUGCUGACGACUCUCAAACCUCGGACGAUCAGUCACUGCCAGACCCAUUCCGGAAAAGUUCGCACAUGAGCGACAAUGAUGUGGAUGAGGGGGAGGACCUCAAUGAUGAUACCUGGAAGCCGCCCUAUUUUCAUCGCUCGACCCCCGCACCUGAUCGCCAUCACUCAGCUUUCAGCAUCGCUCCCCAUCCCACGCCGUUGCCCCCAGGAGCUGUAAUAUCGACUCCCACCGCCCCUCUGGCACCCUCAGGAGGACACAAGAGAACAGACAACAGCAAUCGUUUGGGGGCGCUGGAACACCAGAAGAACCCGCGAGAGAAUACGAUGAAUGCGACGCCGAGCGCGCCUGUACCUAUAUCAGCUCCCCGUGGGAUGGCUCAUACGGGCAGUGGUACUGCGUGCAUCCCUGGACAACAUACAGUUGCUCCAUCGUCUGAGUUUGAGACUGGCUCGAAGCCUCUUGCGGUGCGUCCGGCAAACCGGGACAAGAAACCUCCACCACCACCUAAAAGUCAUCAUGGGAAGUUGAUCAACCCCAGUCCUCAUGCGACCUCCUCUCAGCCCCAGCCGGUACCCCCUCGGCCGACCAAGCGGUUCUCCUACCAUGGCACAUCCUCUGAGACAUCCCUUUCUCUAACACCAGAUACACCUCCCAGCAGGUCAUCUCAGCCGAGGAUUGAUUAUUUUACUCCACUACAUGAUAACCCAGCUCCUCAAUCAGCAGAAACGCUCAGACGUAGCCAGUCACAGCACAAGCGGCCGCCGACGCCGCCGCUGAGUAGGCGACACAGUCAGAUGAGAAGAUCCAAAAGCACUAUGUCCAGAACAAAUCUGUCUCGGCUAUCAAUGCCAGCUGGAAAGAUUGAGGUGAACGCAUCUCCUCCUUCGAGCCCAGGUCCUCGAGCUCAGGAGCCCAGGACAGCUCCGCGGAUUUCAGAUGAGGCAGAACCUGAUUCUGGUCAACGUGAGCCGCCAUUGUCAAGGCGAGCGUCUCAGGUGAACCCGCUGCCACCACCUCCUCCACCGAGGAGGAACCGAGUUUCCAGCAGUCAUAGCAACAGUAGGAGCCAGUCUGCACAGGAGAAGCAGGCAGAGGAUGAGGACUUUAUCCCUCGUCCGUCGAAUGCCAAUGACAUCUUGGCCGAUUUGUCGCGGCUACAGAAAGAAGUGGAUGAUCUCCGUGGCCACUAUGAGAGCCGCAAGGUCAGUCACUAG